CGGCAUCUUCCUCUGCUGACAUCUCCUGCAAGGACGGUUAAAUCAUGGCUGAGAAAUUCAGAGUUGAGAGCCCCAAUGUUCGCUAUUUAAAGGAUGUGAUAGAAGCAGAUUACAACUACAGCACAACACAAAUCUAUGAAGAAAAUGGUGUUACCAAGGUUAAACCAUGUUCCACCAAGUUUACUUUCAGGACAGAGAGGAAAGUGUCGAAACUUGGAGUAAUGCUGGUUGGCUGGGGUGGAAAUAAUGGAACAACCGUUACAGCAGCAGUGUUGGCCAAUCAAAUGGGUCUUUCAUGGAUGACCAAAUCGGGGAAGAAGGUUGCCAACUAUUAUGGUUCCUUGUUUCAAUCCUCAACGGUCUGUCUGGGUAGUGGACCUGAUGGCGAUAUCUCUAUACCUUUUCGUGAUCUCCUUCCCAUGGUCCAUCCUAAUGAUAUUGUCUUUGAUGGUUGGGAUAUCUCAUCACUGAAUCUGGCUGAAGCCAUGAGACGAGCAGAAGUUCUAGACUGGCAGCUACAAGAGCAACUUAGGCCCUUCAUGGAAAAGAUGAAGCCCAGACCUUCAGUCUACAUUCCCGAGUUCAUUGCCGCCAACCAAGAGGACAGGGCUGACCAUAUCAUCCAUGGCACUAAAGCAGAACAGGUUCAGAAAAUUCGUGAAGAUAUUCAAGAUUUCAAAAGAAUAAGUGGAGUAGACAAGGUUAUUGUGCUGUGGACUGCAAACACAGAACGCUUCUGUGAUUUGAUCCCAGGGAUUAACGACACUGCUGAUAAUUUGCUAAAAGCUAUUGAGGUGCGUACAGCUAUGUAGACCGAAUCCUUAAAAUUGACACCUACNNNNAUGUUUGCAGUGGACAGCAUCUUGGAGGACUGUGCUUACAUCAAUGGGUCCCCCCAGAAUACCUUUGUUCCCGGAGCUAUUGAGUUGGCAACCAGACAUUCUGUGUUCAUUGGAGGGGAUGACUUUAAGUCCGGACAGACUAAGAUUAAGUCGGUCUUGGUGGAUUUUCUUGUCGGCGCUGGCUUAAAGACAGUUUCCAUAGUGAGCUAUAAUCACCUCGGUAAUAAUGAUGGGAAGAACCUAUCGGCUCCUCAGCAAUUUCGUUCCAAGGAGAUCUCCAAGAGCAACGUGGUGGAUGACAUGGUUCAAUCUAACCCUAUUCUUUAUGGACCGAAUGAGAAACCUGACCACUGUGUGGUUAUUAAAUAUGUCCCAUAUUUGGGCGACAGCAAAAGAGCAAUGGACGAGUACACAUCAGAAAUAAUGAUGGGGGGAACCAAUACCAUUGUUAUUCACAACACCUGUGAGGACUCUCUGCUUGCUAGUCCAAUUAUUCUAGAUUUGGUAAUCCUCACAGAGCUCUGCCAGAGAAUUACUUUUUGCACUGAGCAAGACCAAGACUUCCAGACAUUCCACAGUGUUCUGUCAAUUCUCAGCUUCCUCUGUAAAGCUCCACUUGUGCCAGAAGGAACACCUGUUGUAAAUGCCCUUUUCAGACAAAGAACCUGCAUUGAGAACAUUCUCAGGGCUUGCUUGGGUCUGUAUCCACAAAAUCAUAUGAUGCUAGAGCACAAGAUGCAGAGAAGUUUUGUGAGCCUCAAAAGACCAAGCAAAGUUUUGAACCCUUGUCCAAUUUCCAGUAAGAAGGGAACUGUCCAGGUUAAUGGCUUUCAUCAAGUCAUUGGCAAUGGGCACUGUAAUGGACUUGCACAAACUGUCACCAUUAGUGACACCGAAAUAGAAAAUUAGUGGGCGUCCUCAACUUUGCCAUAGGCAAUAACUUAUGCAUUUUAACAAAAAAAUAAGUCACAACUAGAAGUUUACACUACAACUCUUGCACUUAUAACUAUUACGUCUUGACCUUCUUAUUUGAGUGCUAUGUAGGUUCAGUGAUCUAGAACUGUGGUUCUUGUACUGCUGUUUUUGUUAAUUUGUUGUAGUUUGAAGUUAAUAAACUUCAGAUGACUUGAACCUUGCUCGCUGUUCUUGUAGAACAUUUUUCCACCUGAAAUAAAACAUUACAGCACUUGAAGGUUAAUUUUACUAUUUAACCAUGUGUCUUACUAACUCUCUAUAGAAUGUUGUAUUUGAAAGAGGGUUAUAGGCAGUGUAAUCCAUCAUCCAGC